AUGUUCAUCUGCAUCAAGCAUGGGAAUGACCAGAGCUUUCUGGCCAACACCAGCUGUGCCAUCCUGCGGCUGCUGUCCUAUGUGAGGAAGAUGGUGGGGGUCCCCAACACCGACGUCAUUGACCUGUGUGACGAGCGGGGCAUCCUCAAGCUGCUGUUCCAGGUGACCAGUCCCAGCAUGAGUGCCAGCGAGUUCCUCCAGGCGUGCAGCAUCUACUAUGCGUGCUGGGUGGAAAUAGGAGCUUCUG